AUGGCUCCUACUCGCAAGGCUCUUAUUGCAAUCACCUCGGCCCAUGCCCCCCUCUACCCGGAUGGGAAAGAGACAGGCCUUUUCAUUACUGAGGCACUGCACCCUUUCCAGGUCUUCCGCAAGGCCGGCUUUGAGGUCGAUCUCGUCUCUGAGACUGGAACCUAUCAGCCGGAUUGGCUUUCCGAGCAGAAGGACUGGCUGAACGAUGCGGAUCGAGCCGUCUGGGAGGAUCACUCCAGUGAAUUCCGUUCCAAGUUGGACAACCUGUUGAAGCCCAGUGAUAUUAAGCCCGAUAACUAUGGACUGUUCUUUGCCUCGGCAGGACACGCAUCUCUGAUUGACUACCCGGAAGCCAAAGGAUUGCAGAACAUUGCAUCCAAGAUCUUCACCGAUGGCGGUAUUGUGUCUGCCGUAUGUCAUGGUGGUGCUAUCUUCCCGGGAAUCAUUGACCCCGCCACUGGAAAGUCCAUCAUUUCGGGCCGCCGAGUGACUGGAUUUACCAACCGUGGUGAGGAGGAGCACGGCAUCCUGGAUGUUAUCAAGGGAUGGAAUAGACAGACCAUUGAGGCUUCGGCGGCAUCUUGUGGAGCAACCUAUGUCUCUCCUGCUGGCCCAUGGGACGCCUUCUCUAUCUCGGAUGGACAGAUUGUGACUGGAGCUAAUCCAGCCAGUGCCCAUGUGACCGCCGAAAAUGCAGUCAAGGCUUUUGAUGCCCUGUAA